AUGCCAGAUUCCAAUCCACGAUAUCCUUCGUCCACAGCCUUGCCUCCUUCGGAUGACGAAGUGGAGGAGGUUCACAUAAAAGGUUGUGAUCUUCAAGCUCCUGGAUCGUCGUCAGGUACGCACGGACGACGUUCCAGUGCUAAAUUGGGGUCUGUUAUCCCACCUGUGCUCAUUUACGGAUGGCUUCUCUCAUUCUCCCACUAUAUAGCACUCUAUUCGAUGUUGGUGGCUCGCCUAGGCACUCGAUGCGACUGUCGGAAGUUGAGGGCGAAGUCAGAGGUUGUCCGGCGUCGAAGCGUGAAUUAUGCCCGCAAGUGUCAGGACAGCCUUUUACCCAUCAUCACCAAAAUGGGCAUGGUUCUUAGGAGUAUUCCAGAUAACUUGCCAUUACAAAAUUCCGAUUUGUCUCACUUGUCCCAGCGUGGAAGUCGGAAAUCUAAUCUAGAGGAUUAUUAUCGGCUUUUCUUUCUACACUGUACAUGCCUCGAAUUUUUCAUCGGUCAGUUGCUUCGAACCGCCCAAUUAUUUCAAUGUUUUUCUCUCAAUAUUGGCAGGUCCCUUACCAGUUCCUUGGUUGCUCCUCCCCAAACCUUUAUCUAUUCUGGGCUUGCUGAGGUAGAGAGACCUCGAAAAAAGCGUUCUCAGAUUUUAUCGCAAUUACAUCGAGAUGAGCGGAACACGUACGCAAAUGACUCUCUUUCGGGAAUAGAAUUAGAAGUCGCUUCUCGGAUUAGUUAUGGUCAAACUCCCAGUGCUGAGCAAGAAAACCACUCCAGUGAACACCCUUGCGUCGCCAAUUACCCUUCAGGUAUUUCUCAGCAGGAUCCUCGGACAUCCAAUAAGGCCCUCAAUACCAAGGGAAAAUUAAGACGGUGCAUUUUAUCCCGAAAGUUUGCAACACUCACCACUGCUUCCUCAGGCUCCUUAGAGAAAUCUUCUGGGAAGCAAUGGAAUGAGGGGAAGAAGAAACUGGAUCCUCCAAUUCUUUUGGCAUGUGGCGAACACAAAAAACGCAUUAUAGAAUCGGACACCGAGUGUUUUGAAAAGUUGGCCGAAGAUAUUAGGCUUGUAAAAUGUAUGAUUACGGAAAUUCAUGCUAAUGUGUCAGUGAACCCGUGGGCUGUUCGACCAGGUUGUCGACGUAAUAGGCGACAAUCUGAUGUAGACUGUGAUUGCUAUGACGACGAUGUCCAUUCUGAAUUGGUUGACGAUGAAAAUGAUAGCUGGCCUCAGGAGGACGGAGACUUUGAUUCUUGGAAAUACACCCCUAAGAUAUCCCACAACCACUCGACACAGCCGCAGUUCCGCUAUCAAAAUUCCACUUUUCAACGGUGGCAACGCCAACUUCGGAAUGCUCGAUUAACCAGGGCGAUGCGGAAGAAUGUUCCCCCGGGUGGAUUUGAGGAGAAGAGUCAGGAAGACGAUGAAACAGUGCUAAGUAAACGUCUGCGAAGGAACCAGUAUAUCUGCCUAAGCCUCAUAAUUGUCUUCUCAAUCGGGCUUUUUGGCUCAGCCCUCGGGUCAUGUAUCUAUCUACUAACUUGA